GCUUUUCCGCUGUCAUCAAUCUGUGAUCGCCUUGAUGCAAGGGUUUGGGGAGUGAACGUAUAAGGAUGCAUCCAAGAAAUCCGCGCAUUGUCGUAAGCAUAGACAAUCACACCACCAUGCUGUAGAGUAUGUAGCAGUAUGGUCAUUUUGCCCCCCAAACAACCGCUGAUCUGAGUCUCCAUCCAGUGCAAAGCUCACAGUGCAGUCUAUUAAUUUCUGGCAAAUCUCCCGCACGCGAAGAAGUAGCUGAACUGUGAUAAUGCCGUUUGGAUGAUCAGUUUGUGCAUCGAAUUCUGAUGGCCAGCAUGACGUCAAAAGUUGCCAUUAUUGGCAUUGGUCAGGUCGGAGCUGCCACCGCUUAUGCAAUACUGCAACGCUCAUUGUGCUCCGAGUUGAUUAUUGUCGACACAAAGACGAGUCUUCGAGAAGCUCAAGUGCUCGAUCUUUCAGAUGCAUCUUGUUGCGAGGGCAGCGAUACUCAGGUGCGGAUCGGCAGCUACCACGAGGCUGGCCAAUGUGAUAUUGUGAUUAUCACAGCAGAUUCAAGACGGACAAUCGGGGAGACUACAAUUCAGUCGCUUGAACGGAAGAAUGCAAACCUUCGCACCAUGAUUGAUGGAAUGAAGCCAUUCAACCAGAAGACAAUUCUUCUGAUCGUUUCCACCCCAGUCGAUAUCCUGACAUCCGUUGCGCAGAGAAUUUCUGGUUUGCCAACACAUCAAGUAAUAGGACUGGGCACUGCUCUUGAUUCAGUGCGUCUUCGCAAAAUAAUAUCCGGAAAACUUCACCUUGCUAGCAAGGAAGUCAAAACAUAUGUUUUGGGCGAGCAUGGAAGCUUUCAAUUCGUGCCAUUGUCCUGCGUCUCAAUCCAUGGGCAACCAUUGACUGGAGCAAUGCUGCCGAAAAAGAUCGAUCUGGCAGGUGUAGCUGAAGAAUGUAAGCACGAAGCGGAUCGUAUCGUUCAGGCAAAAGGCUCAAUCGCCUUUGGGGUAGGCUCGGUUGUGGCAGACAUUUGUUCCUCAGUCCUUUUGAAUAGGCGUGACACCUGGAGUGUCAGCCAUUAUCAGAAGGACCUUGAUUGUUGCUUAAGCCUGCCGGCUCUUAUUGGGAGAAAGGGAAUUGGGCUGACGGUGGAGCUACCGUUAACUGCAGAAGACAAGGUACAUCUGGCGAAAUCAGGAACUUCUAUCAAGGAACGAGUCAAUUGGUUAUUGUCAGGAGAAGAAGUUAGCGGGAUGACAAUGUAAUUUGCUGGGAGUUAUUUCAACAUAGUAGCAGGCGAAGCUUUUGAAUCAUAACAUGCGGUGUGCUCCAAUUACUAUACUAACUAUUUUAAUAGCAUUAAAGGCUCAAUAAUUAGAUGGCCUUUCCGU